GCUGGGUCGAAAACUGUAAGACUAUUUUCCCCGCCAUUGACUGUGCUUACCACGUGACCAGGGCGGAACUGAGUCGUAUAUAGUCCACGCUGAUUCUACCGCGAACGCAGCCGCUUACUCUUUUCUCUCCUUGCGUUAGCACCGAAAAACCGCAACCACGGCCACUAUGCAGAAUAACGCGACGCCUUGUGUCGCCGCAUUUAAGUUGGUGUUGGUAGGUGAUGGAGGUACCGGAAAAACGACGUUUGUCAAGAGACAUGUUACAGGAGAGUUCGAGAAGAAAUAUGUCGCUACCUUGGGAGUGGAAGUGCAUCCCCUGGUUUUCCACACUAACAGAGGAGCCAUUAAGUACAAUGUGUGGGAUACAGCUGGUCAGGAGAAGUUUGGAGGCCUGAGAGAUGGAUACUAUAUUCAAGCUCAGUGCGCUAUCAUUAUGUUUGACGUCACUUCUCGAGUCACCUAUAAGAACGUGCCCAGCUGGCAUCGUGAUCUGGUCCGUGUCUGUGAAAACAUUCCCAUCGUCCUGUGUGGCAACAAGGUUGACAUUAAGGACAGGAAAGUCAAAGCCAAGAGCAUUGUGUUUCACCGCAAGAAGAACUUGCAGUACUAUGACAUUUCUGCCAAGAGUAACUACAACUUUGAGAAGCCUUUCCUCUGGUUAGCGAGGAAGUUAAUUGGUGAUGCCAACCUGGAAUUUGUGGCGAUGCCUGCCCUUGCCCCCCCAGAGAUCCAUAUGGACCCACAACUUGCUGCGCAAUAUGAGGAAGAGCUUCAGGUUGCAUCAGCAACAGCACUUCCAGAAGACGAAGAUGACCUCUAACCAGUUCCCAUAAUUUCCCUGUCCCUGUAAACUGUUGAUGCAAAAUGUCGGAGUGUUGUCCCUGAACCUUAAAAUACCUUUUCAGAUUUUCUUAUUUUUGAAAAUUUCUGUUUGUUUUAGAACUAAGAAAAAGUAAAUUGGUGGAAAAGUUGUGGUUGUGAUAUCACCCCAUGUUAGUGUUGUCGUUAGCAUGGCAACAUGCUAGUCUUCAUCGCCGAGUACCCUCCACUGCACUUAGCCAGCUGUCAUAAUGCUGUUGUAUGGUGUACUGGAAACACUAUGGGGAGUUAAACUUUGAAUAAAAACAUUCUCAAUAUAA